AUGUCCAAUUACUCUGCCACCUCGGCAGCCACGUAUCCACACGAUGAGAAGAGUGGGGAUAAUGACGAGGAAGAUGACGACCACCCCAAGGUCGUAGACACCGACCCGACCGGUCGGUUUGAACGGUUCGAAGAGUCGCUGGGCGUCGGUGCCUAUAAAGAGGUCUUUAAAGCGUUCGACCAAGAAGAAGGUGUUGAGGUGGCAUGGUGUCAAUUACGGUUGCACUUUUCAAAGAAAAAAGACGCGGAAAAGAUUCAACGAGAAAUUGAGAUUUUACAGUCACUUCGCUGCGAAAACAUUAUCAAUUUUUAUGCGUCUUGGUUGAAGAAGGGCCCUGACGGUAAAGAACGAGUGUUCUUUGUCACGGAGCUGAUGACCUCGGGCACUUUGAAACAGUAUCUACGUAAAACCAAACUUAAGCCUAAAGUACUGAAAACUUGGGCGAGACAGAUCCUCAAAGGGCUUGAUUAUUUGCAUACGCGUGAACCGCCUAUUAUUCAUCGGGAUUUAAAGUGCGAUAAUAUUUUCAUUAAUGGAAAUAACGGUCAAGCAAAGAUUGGCGAUCUCGGUUUGGCUAUCAUAAAAAACAAAGAUCAUGCGUCGUCGGUACUCGGAACGCCCGAAUUCAUGGCUCCCGAAUUAUACGAGGAGAAAUACAAUGAAAAAGUGGAUAUUUACGCUUUCGGUAUGUGCGUACUCGAACUAGUCACCAAAGAGUAUCCGUACGCCGAGUGUACGAACCAAGCACAAAUCUAUCGAAAGGUCACCACGGGGAUAAAACCACAGGCGCUGCAAAAAGUCAAGGAUCCUGCGACGUUAGAGUUUAUAGAGUUAUGCUUGAGGUAUAACCCGGAUGAACGGCCGUCAGCUGGGGAGUUGUUGAAACAUGAAUUUUUGAAAGAGGCGUGUGUUGAUCAGAGUGGGGGCAGUGUCAAUGGCGGUACAGUUCCGCGGUCUGUUACUCUGUCCCCGCCUAAAUCUCCAACGUCGCAACAAGCGGGUUCUGCAUCGCUACCAAAAAUCUCGUCAUCAUUUUCAUUAUCAAAUAAGAAUUUAAUGCCGCCACCGUUCACCACAAAGACAAUCGACUCUGAGAACAAAACAUAUCAGGUCAGUUCUGCAACGUUUCCACCGUCUACCACCACUAGUAAUGGCAAUAGUAAAAGUAAUAAAAGUGAGGAGAAUGUUCAAUCAAUAACGAAUCUCCCAGGUAACCAAACAUUGUCUCGACAGACACCGAUGCAAUGUAACGUUGCAAUAUAUAAGCCAACUGAAAAAGAAAGACAGUCGAACAAAUUUAAACCCGCAGAAAAUGAAGUCUUGCUCGCCAUGACAAUUGUCGUGCCUGAUCGUACAGAUGUAGAAAUAAAGUUUCCGUUUAAUUUGUGUGAUGACACGCCCGAAGAUGUCGUGGCAGAAAUGGUGAGAGAACAGAUUCUGAGUCAGGAAGGACAUGAUUUGGCAAAGAAAAACAUUGAGGAUAUUGUGAAUAAGAUUUUGUCGGGUGAACUUUCGAUUAAAACACAAUCUAUGGAUGAUGAUUCUGAGCAUUUGAAUGGUAGUACAAGAGGAUCGAGAGCUCCAUCUGUCGCCAGGAGUGAUUAUGAUAGUUCGCACGAAACCGACGAUGAAUUGGGACAAAAAAUUAAAGCUUCUAGAGCUAAUGGAGAUUUAUCUUCAAGUUUCCAUUCUGAAAUGUCAUUGUCAUCGUCAUCUGAAAAUGUGAAUGGAAUACAACCAUGUUUUUUAAAGGAUAUGUCGUCGUCUUCGGAGAGUUUAACUCAUGCCUCAUCUGCCAAAACGUCAUGGGAACGGGAGGAUAACGAAGUUCGACGAGUUUUACAUAAUGCAGAAUUAUUGAAAAAUACAACUGCAAUUGUUGACUCGACUGAUGAGUCUAUUGCUGCGAUAGGGCUACCACCGUCAAUAGACACACAGCCAAUACUUGAUCGUGCUGGAAGUCGUCCUCUUACAACUACAGCGUCACCUGUUGUUGCACGACCUGCACAACUAUCAUCAAGAGUUCGUUCUGCUUCAAUAUCAGCGUUGUCAAAUAGUAAUGGUGCACCUCCAUUAUCUCCUUCCACAUUCAAUCGAUCUGGCACCACUACACCUUUUCAAUGGCCAGAAUCAUUAUCUACUCACCCUGGAAACCUUCAACUUCCAUCGACAGAAAAGGAACUUCAUAAUACUGACUUGAAAAUGCCACCAUCUCCCAGAAAUACGUUCUCUCGUCCACUUUCAGUGGCAUCUGAUGCGAAUGGACUAUGGAAUGACAGUUAUCAAUCUUCAGUUCAUAAUACAAAUCAAGGUUUAACACGAUCACAAACUGCGCCGAUAACUGAGUCAAAUAUGGAAAAUUCUGCAUUUACGCCUGCUUCACCAAAUCCAUCAUUUUACAAUCCUGAAUCUCCAAGAGCUAAUUACGGUAGAAGUGUCAGUUUUCCCGGGUCACAUUCUCCCGGUGCACCUCCAACGAAGUUACAAGAUUGGCAACGAAGAAUGUCCAAUCCUGUCUCCUCCACUCCUAUACAACCAGAUACUUCAUCUAGUCUAACGAAUGGUUAUUCAACAACACAUGUAGAACGCGUAAGAAGAUCUUCAAUAUCCUCCACAACCUCGCAUUCGUCUGCACAUUCUGCAACAAAAGAAGCUGGAUCAGAACUAGCUAUUGAUACUCGCGCUCUAAUAUCACAACAACGACAAGAUAACCAGCAAAGAGUACCACAAGAGGAGAUGACAGAUCUGGGUGCAGGUCUGGGAAUACAAACUGAGCAUGGGUACACGUCUAAAUUUAGACAUGGGACAUCAAAUAGUUCUUCAACUUCAUUCUUCCCGGGAGUUUCAUUACCUCCUUCCGUUCUGCAGGGCGUAACGAGCAUUCCGAGUUCAUCGACUGUUUCACCUACCGAGAAUUAUUCUUCGCAUGGUCUACCCGAAUCUCAGCAUCAUUAUCCACCAUCUUUUGGCCUAAAUUAUGGAACAAUUACAUAUCAAGGAGAGCCUCCCACAUAUGCUGGAGAAGUUGACACAAGUGAUGAUGAUGAGGACGCAAACACCUUAUUAGCUCUUCGAGAAAAACAGCAACGCGAAGUCGAAGAACUACAGAAGAAACAUACUCGAGAAUGGGUGAAAUUAAUGGGUGAAAGAAAGCAAAAAUAUAAAAGUCAUCAUCAAUCUAAGAGUAGUGUUAAUGUUCCAAAGUCACCAGCAAGUUCACCGAAAAUGAAUCGUCCGUCCACCGAACAUAACAAUACACAAAUAAAUGGCUUACCUUCCUUGACAUCAACACCUUCAUUAGGACCUCAAAUAAAUACAAGUGAUCAUGAUAAUUUGGGAACUAUACCGAGAAUUAAUUCGAUGCCUCAUGUACCAAAUCUAUCGGUUGCAUCGUCAGCCUCAUUUUCAUCUUCCUCUCCUGCUCUUCCUAUAAUACCGAAAUCAAUGACACCGACAUCUGUAGAAAACACUGCCGGACUGAAUGGAUUGAAUGGUCGUCAACCACUAACAACGUCUACUUCUUCCUCUCAUUCUAUUUCAACAAAAAACCAAUUGUCGUCCAUUAAUACAAUUUCAUUACUGCCAACAGCAGCAACAAUUCCUUCUUCACAUUUACCAUUAUCGCUUCCAUCUACUGCUGUCCCGAAUAAUCCUUUAUCAUCAGCCACAUCAUCGUCUAGUAUUUCAUCACUGCAAAUAUUAACAUCUCAAACUAUGUCGCAGCAUCAGCAACAAGAUACAAUUUCAUCAUCAGCCUUAACUCCUACUAAUACUCUCCCACUACGAACCCUUACUCCGAGUAUCAUAAAAUCAGAUCCUGAUGGACUUAUCGCUGAAAUGUCCGAACGACAGCUUGCUGAAUUGCAAAAUUUAGCCAAACACAACGGACAAGCUAAAUCCGGCAGCUUGGUGAAUGGCACAGCAACAUACGCGUCAGUUGUUUCUAAUUCAAAAAUACAGUCGGGCCGUGAAUCACCAGUUGACUUGUCCGCAAGUAGACAUAGCUCUACUAAUAGUAAUAGUAGUAAUAUAACAAAGCUGAGUUUGAAUGAAAUGGAGAAGCAAAAACGAAUUUUGUCUCAGAAUAACAUCUUGUCGACGAUGACAAAUAAUUCUCAGAUUUCACAAACAGCGGCUUCUAUCUAUUCUCCAGUACAUCCUCAGCAGAGCCACUCGAUAAACCCAUCGGCGGGAUCACUAUCAAACAAGUCACAAAAUCAAAACACACAUGAUUUACUGGGAUAA